AUUGUACCUAAUGAGAUGGAUAGUCUGUGUUGUUACUGAAAAACAUUGAAAAUCUAACAAGGGCCCACCACAAACUUGAUCCAACCAGCGCAGAGUUAGCCAACCGUAAGGCAGUUCUACUGUUUACUCAGAUAAUUUGCUUGUGUAGCAAGGAAACUGUUUCUUUUUUUACUUUCACUUUUACUUUUGACACCUCUGCUGACAAAGUGUAUUCACAUAAUUCUUUCUUCCCUCAUAUGUGGUCAGUUGUGGUCAUUUCAGAGGUUAGUCACAUUGUAGGCUAGUGAGUCACUCGUUGGUCACAUGUUAUAAGGAGGGGCUAUCUUUGAUAGGUUACAUAUUUCUGACUCAGCCGUGUGGUAUUGUGCAAGUGAUAAAAGGAGAGGUCAUCAUCUGAUAUUGCUGAAAAGACUUCUCACACAGCCUUGAAGGCAACAGCAGAAUGGAGCCUCUAGGAAGCCUAAUUCUAGGAUGGGUUGGAUAUCUGGUGUUAAUACUACUUGGGGUCGUCUUAGUUGCUUUUGUCAGCUUUGUCCUUUACGUACAAUACAUCCAUCAAAAAUUCGACCACAUUCCUGGACCACCGAGAGAUAACUUUCUCCUUGGACAUUUGCCUACCAUUCUAUCAUACACGAGAACACCAGGCCGCCAUAUCAACGAAAUAUUUCUGGAAUGGACUGAGACGUACGGCCCAGUGUGCAGAAUCAACAGUUUACACACUGCAUUUGUCAUUGUGUCUUGCCCAGAGGCCACCAAGGAGAUCUUGAUGUCACCAAAAAUUUCCAAAGAUCCAUUGUCAUACAAGCGCCUGCACAGUCUGUUUGGUACAAGAUUUCUUGGAACUGGCCUUGUGACCGCCGUGGACCAUGAGGUAUGGUACAAGCAACGCAGGAUCAUGGACCCCGCAUUCAGCAGUGUAUAUCUGAGAGGUCUGAUUGACACCUUCAAUGAGAGAGCCGAGCGCUUGAUGACCAAACUGAGUGAGUUUGCUGACCGUGAGGAGCCUGUGCACAUGCACAAACUGAUCAACUCAUUCACCAUGGAUGUCAUCACAAAGAUUGCAUUUGGAGUGGACCUCGACUUGUUGAAUACCCAGGACUCUCCAUUUCCCCAAGCCAUUGAGACGUGUCUGAAAGGAAUGGUCUGCCAUACCCGAGACCCGUUUUUCCAGCUUUGGAGCAAGAACAAAAAGGCGGUGAGGGAAAUAAAAGAAGCUUGCCAAUUGCUUCGCAAAACUGGAGCCAUGUGGAUAAACGAGAGGAAGAAGGCUGUCCAGAGUGGCCAGGAGGUCCCGAUGGACAUUCUCACUCAGAUCCUCAAGAGUGCUGAGGAAAACAAGACAGAUGACGAUGAAGAAAUCAUGCUUGACAACUUUGUCACAUUCUUCAUCGCAGGGCAAGAAACUACUGCAAAUCAAAUUGCAUUUGCCAUCAUGGCACUUGGAAGACAUCCUGAAAUAUUACAGAGGCUUAAGGAGGAAGUGGACGAUGUGCUUGGAGUUAAACAGGAUAUCAGCAAUGAAGACCUUGGUCGCCUCACCUAUCUAAACCAGGUGCUGAAGGAGACUCUGAGGCUGUAUCCCACUGCCCCUGGCACAACUCGCCGGAUAGCUAAGGACAUGGUCAUCAAUGGCAUCAGGGUCCCAGGAAAUUGUGGUCUUCUUUUCAGUUCAUUUGUGAGUUCAAGGCUGGACAGAUUCUUCAAAGAUCCAUUGACGUUCGAUCCGGAAAGAUUUAAUAUGAAUGCUCCCAAGCCUUACUACUGCUAUUUCCCCUUUGCGUUGGGUCCACGCUCCUGUCUCGGCCAAAACUUCUCUCAGAUCGAGGCAAAGGUUGCAAUGGCUAAACUGCUGCAGAGAUUUGACUUCAGCCUGGUGCCUGGGCAGUCCUUUGAGAUCCUGGACACAGGCACGCUGCGGCCUGAGAGUGGGGUCAUGUGCACGCUCAAACUGCGGGGCACUGCAUAAGCCACAGAGACAUAUUUCAACACUUUCAUUCUGUCAUACCUGUAAGACUAUGUUAAUUGCUACGUUUACAUGACGUUUUUAAUUCCGAAUUAGUAACUCCAAAUUAAAUGGUUCCGUUGAGUUUACUUUGAUCUUUUAUGUAAUUCUAAUUUGUGAAGUGUUUACAUGAGAAUUCAGCUUUAUUCAGAAUUAAAGUGAGUUCAUUCGGAAUUGAAUGUCUCAUGUAAAUGUAGCCAAUGACAUAAAAAUGUCAAUGUCAUGA